CCCUCAAUUGUCUUCCCAAAGUGACUUGCAGAGGGUUCGAGGAACAAGAUAGAUUUAGGAAAUCGAAUGUAUAACGUCGGAAAUAAAUAUUCUUAACCGCUUGAGCUACAAUUUUUUUGCGGAAUCAAUGGCUUGCUUAACCAUAAAAGCCACAGCCUACUUCAGCUCCUCUUCAAGUGAGAUUUCCCUCCCUUCUUCUCCCUUCAAGCCCCUCAAGCUCCCUCCCUUCUGGCCAUGGCAAAAGGUGAAGGUGGGCCCACUGAGUGUGUCUCCAAUGGGGUUUGGAACUUGGGCAUGGGGCAACCAGCUUCUGUGGGGGUACCAGGAAUCGAUGGACGGUGAGCUCCAACAGACAUUCAAUCUGGCUGUCGACAACGGCAUCAACCUUUUCGACACCGCUGACUCCUACGGCACCGGCAGGUUGAACGGAAAGAGUGAAAAGCUACUUGGGAAGUUCAUCCGAGAUUAUCAAGGGCAGAAGAGAGUGCAGAAGGACAUCGUGAUUGCUACCAAGUUUGCAGCCUACCCGUGGCGCCUAACCCCAGGGCAGUUCGUGAAUGCUUGCAAUGCCUCGAUUGAUCGUAUGCAGAUCGAACAAAUUGGGAUAGGACAGUUGCAUUGGUCGACUGCAAAUUACAAUCCUCUGCAAGAAGCAGCGCUUUGGGACGGGUUAGUUGCAAUGUAUGACAAGGGUUUGGUUCGUGCUGUCGGGGUCAGCAACUAUGGACCGAAGCAGCUUCUAAAGAUACACGAUUACCUAAAAGCUCGGGGAGUCCCGUUGUGUUCAGCUCAGGUGCAAUUUUCGUUGUUGAGCGUCGGAGAAGAUCAGCUGGAGAUCAAGAACAUAUGUGAUUCUCUCGGCAUCCGCCUGAUUGCUUAUAGCCCUCUAGGACUUGGAAUGCUUACUGGGAAAUAUACGCCAUCCAAUCUACCACGCGGACCUCGAUCCUUCCUAUUCAGGCAAAUUCUUCCGGGACUGGAACCCUUGUUGACUUCACUCAAAGAAAUUGCACAAAAAAGGAGUAAAACCGUACCGCAAGUUGCUAUAAACUGGUGCAUUUCCAAGGGGACCAUUCCCAUACCCGGAGUCAAGACCGUGAAACAAGCGGAAGAAAAUCUGGGUGCUCUCGGUUGGCGCCUGAGUUCACAGGAGCUGCUUCAGCUAGAAGAUGCUGCGAGGGAGUCCCCUGGGAAGAUGAUCCAAAACAUUUUCCAGACAAGGUGAUCCAGAACUUCUCCGAAUGUCCUUAUGAGGAGAUGGAAGGAAAACAAUGGCUACUGAAACGCCUUCCAUCCGAUUCUCGGCACCUUUUGUCUUCAGUAGAAUCAUAAAUUAUGAAUAACGCAAAAAACAAUGGAAGGGAAAAUAGUAUUCAUACACUAAUCCAUCUUUCAUUCAACAAACAAAAAUCAAAGUAUGCAUUAGCCA